UCUAAACAUAUGUUUUGUUGACACAAUUCCUUAUAAUUUAAAACAUGGACGUUCAAAACUUUUACCUUUAAAUACAUCCCAUACUUAAAAUUUUAUGUAUUUCGCUUAAAUAAUUAAACCAAAAUUCCAACAAAAAAAUUGAAAAAUUAAAAUAAAAUAAAAAUGUCCGUCUGCAACAUAAACACCCCUCAACCCCACUACAUUCCAGGGUACACAGGGCAUGUACCGACAUACGUAUACAGAGUGGGGGAUACCUUCGGAUCGGCGACCCAUAAGAUCUUGUUGGAUCCGAAUACAAACCACAGCGAUUCUCUGGUUCUAUCCGACAGGACUAUCACGGAUUUCGAGAUUUACAGGCCUCCGAAGAACGUUAUUGAUAUAAUCGAAAACCGGAAGCACCAUGUCGAUGCCAGGUACAAGCACCCGGUGGUUCCCGGGUACAGUGGUUUUGUGCCCAUGGCGCACGGUCGGUCCGGCCAGAGAUUCACCGUCCAGGUUGAAGAAGGUCUCGCCGACUUCGAAAAGAUGCAGAUAAGAAACAGACAGGCCGAAAACAGCUUGAGGAAAGAAAUAUCCGUACAAUCCGGGGCUUUCCUUCCGAACAUCGAUGACAAACAGUUGGUGAAGAGUGAAUUUAAACUACCGUUGUUGGAAGUGCGACCGGAGGCGUGUGCCAUCUUGAGGGAGAUUACCGUGCCGGAACCACCUUCCAAUCCGACAUCGUUAUUGAACUCGGUAUCUCCUUAUUUCAUGGAAGAAUCCAACGAUGACAAAGCUUUCAAACCGGGUUACACUGGCCAUAUCCCGUACGGAUAUUCGAAGUACGGCCAGGGCUAUUCACCAUACACAAAUUCAGCUUUGUGCGAUUUCACCUCUAACUACAGAAGGAGGCAGAACACAGAAUGGGCGCCUGUGACGGCCGUGAGGCCGGAUCCGCCGCUUCUCAUCCAGCCAACUGAAAUAUACCACAAGCAUAUCGGGAUGCUUCCGAAUUACGGUGGACACGUGCCGGGAUCGUUGUUCAGGGCUGGUAAAACUUAUGGCAAUGACACGAAGGACGCGAAGAGGUGGCUGAGGGGCGACUUCUCAUGAUUGAGAGGCCCCGGGCAAGGAUGGAUUCAUGGUCACAUCUUGCUGGCCCCACAAGCCCAUUUCUUGAGUAUCUGCUCGGCUUUCUGAAGAUUCUCAUCUUUCUGUUUCGAGGAGCGAAUUAAUAAAUCUUUAAACCGGUCA